AUGUAUACCUACUCAAGUUUCGGUGUCCUGUUCUUCAAUACAAAUCAACAUAACAAUAUUUCAAUAACAAUAUUUCCCUCCAACAUCGAUGUUAACGAUAGUUUGACUAUCGAGAAAAACAUCGAUGUUAGUGAUAUGGAAGAAGAAGACUUUAACCAUGCCGGGCAAUUUAAUUUAAAAUUUGAGCAAUGGUUUAAAAAACACAGACCGUCUAGAAAUUGUGUGCAAGAUCUAGUUUCAAUUUUAAGAGAAGAAGGUGUUAGCAAAACUAAACCACAAGACCUGGACACAUAUUUACGUCAAUUUCAAGAAGAAAUGGCACAUUCUACAGAAUAUGGUCUAGAAAUUGGAGGUCUCACAUACACUAUAAAUAUUCGUGCUACAAUUUGUGAUGCUCCUGCAAAAGCUUUUAUAACCGGUGUCCCGUCUCAUACAUCACGAUGCGGUUGUGCAAAAUGUACACAGGUUGGAAAAAAAAUAAACGGGACAUUAACAUACAGCUCAAUAUGCGAUGUUAUAAUCAGUGAUGAAGAUUUCGCUUCUAGAAAAUAUACAAACUUUCACCAAACAAAAUACCUUUCAAGAAAUUCCCCUCUUGAGAGUAUUGGUGUAAAAAUGGUUACACAAGUUAUAUUAGAUGUUAUGCACCUAAUAGAUUUAGGUGUUGUGAGAAAAUUUCUUAUAAGACUUAUAAAUAAUAAAAUAUUUGGUGAAAAUAGUAUUUCAUAUAAUGUACAUUCCUUGCUACAUUUGGAAAAAUCUAUUAAUAUAGUUGGAGAUCCUACAAGUGGAUCAUCUUAUCCUUUCGAGAACUACCUUCAAAAAUUAAAGAAAUAUAUAAAAAGUCCGAGGAACAUUUUAGAACAAAUUUAUAGAAAAUAA